ACAAACCGUGGUCCUGAAACAUAACAGGAUUUGCAUUUGUUUUUUGUAAGGAUUUCAACAGAAGUAAAACUCCAUUCCAAAGACUUUGCCAAUUGCCUCAACUUUCCCCCAAAUAUAGUCCAGUGUCCUCACUACAUCUCCAUUCUGAUUUGAAUACCCUCAUUUCGCGUUAUUGUUUGGCAAACACAUGUAAAGCUCUUCUCCCCACUCUACUCCUAACAUCUCUAGAAUGUAUAAACCAUUACGAAGUAAAAAAUAGAGUUGUCUGUCUAUGAUAGAUGUGGGGCAAUAAUCAUAUAGGUUGAUAGAGACAAAGAUGUUCCCAUUGAAUUAAGUUUGGAUGUUGCAGAGAAAAAAAAGUGUUCUGCUUAGAGCUAUACUUAGAAAAACCAGGGUCACCAAGCGCGGUGGUGGUGUGCCAUUCCUUCCGGCUACACGCCCUAGAUUUUCCUUGGAAACGCAGCAGCAAGAAACAUCAAACACACAUCGAUCGGCGCCUUUGCGCGUUCGUCGUGCAUGUGAUCCAUGGGUCGUCGUCGCCUCGGCACCGCGGCGCUCGUGGCCCUCGUCGCGGCCUGCCUCCUGUACUGCGGCGCGGCGGCCGUCGGCGCCGGGCCGACGACGACGGACCUCGGCGGGGCGCCGCUGCUGCGGGCGGCGCCGUGCGACGGGACGCUGGGGCAGUGCGCGGUGGGGAGCGAGGAGGAGCAGGAGGUGGGCGGUGGCGGCGACGCGCUCCUGCGGCGGGCGUUGGCGGCGCGGCAGCCGACAAACCGGUACAUCAGCUUGUGCAGGUUGCCCACCUCCAUCGCCGCCCCGCCAAUGGAGGGCAGCCCGACGCGGUCCUCCACGGUCGGGGUCGGUUUUCUGCGAUACGGAGUUGCGAUAGAUACGGAGUUACGGAGAUGACGCGCGAGGCUGAGGAUGGAGAGUAGAGAUGUAAGGUGGGAUUUGCCUGGAGAAGAUUUCAAUUAUCGGAGUUACGGAGAUACGCGCGAGGCUGAGGACGGAGAGUAGAGAUGUAAGGUCGUGAUCAUACUUUUAAUCUGGGCCGUCUAAUAUGUAUGACAUGUGCUGUAAGUCGUUGAUCUUGUAGGUGGGAUUUGUCUGGAGAAGAUUUCGCAACAUUUAUAUCUCCAAAUAAAUUUAUUAUGAUAGUACAUUUAAUGAUUUAUCUGAUAAUACUAAUUAUGUAUUAUAAA